GGGGGCACGUCCAGUAUGAGCCGCGGGCAGGGCAGUGUGGGGGGGGGGUAGGCUCAUCCCCUGGCUCCGGGACACGGGGCUGCCACUUAGUGACGGGGAAGGCUGAGACGGCACGGGAAACUCACGGUGAGCCGCAGCCUGAGCCCAGGCCCCGCUGUAGAACAGAUUAAACUUUCCUGUUUGUCCCCUUUGUGUCCUGCCCUUCAAGCCCCCUCGUUUCCUUUCUAGUCAGCCAGUUUCUUCCGAAUGACCCAGCUGUCAGAAAUGGCCCUGCGUGUCCCUGGAUUCACCAUCUUUAGCGGCGCGAGGACAGGAGUCAGAGGGAAGGAAGCAGAGUCCCUCUUUUCCCAGCCCUACGAAGUGGCAGGUUAUCAGACUCCCGACAUCCCACAUCCUCCUGCCUGCUACACGCAACUGAAACUAAGCCUAGGAUGAAGUCAUGCAGCAGGUGCCAAUGUGAUCUGUCUUUAACAGAGCUGUUCGGGAAAGCAGCAACUGCGAUACAAGAGAAAAUUAGAAGGCGCACGGAAAAAGGGGGCAGACUUUUCAAGGCAGCGAGCCGAGAAUUUGAAAGUGAUGAGUCUAAAAGUGAGACCUCAGACCUCCCAGAAGAAAUUCCUGGUGAAGACAAGCAGAUGAUGUCCCCUGAGAAAGCAGGCCCUAGCCAGAAAAUGAACCUGAAUGCCUCUGACUCGCCUCCAGCAGCUGCUGCUGCUUGGGGCUCCCCUACUCCUGAAACUCAGCCACAAAGGAAGGAAAGGCCUGCAAGCCCUGGCCCUGCUCCCACCCAGGUGGCAGAUGCAGUUAAAGCAAUAAAGUACUGCAUGGAAGAGCUCAGCAUGGACCUGUUGACUGUCACACAAGCUUUUUUGAAAAACAGUGGGGAAGUGGAAGCCACCAUGUGCUUUUUGAAGACCAGCCAGCGCUUGGAUGGGCAUCCCAUAUGGAGCAGAGAAGAUGAUUUAGAGUUGCAAAAAGAUGAUGAAAAUGUCAGAAGCAAACUAAUAGCGAAGUUUGGAGCUGAGAAUGUAGCUAGACGGGUUGCAUUCAGGAGGACUUAGAUGACAAGUUGUGGAUGUGAUUCAAGGAGUUGGGGCUGUUCCAGGAGAGGAGGGAAAGAUUUACCUGAGCUUCACAGAAGGAAGAGACUUAAAGAUCUGUAGGAGCAGCCUUUGGCAACUGCAGAGAAUAAUUGCCUAAGAUUUCAUGCUAUGUAGGAAAAAGUCUUGCAUUGUUCAAAAUGACAAGGUCUCUUUGUAAAACUUUUUGUCUUUCUGAUCCUUUUUAUAGGCUUCCACUUGUAUACAAGGCUUAGUUUUGCAUUAGGUUUGUGAUGAGUACAGUGAUGGGUAAGGCUGAAAAAUAAACUGGAGAGAUCCUCCAUCUGUCCAGAGCCAAGUGUUGGGCACCAGAAAAUCUGCCCUCAGGUGCCUCGUGUUCCUCAUCCACCAGCAAGGGGAGGAACUUGCCUGUACUACUGCAUGGAGAGAGCAUCAGGAGGAAGACAGUAGAGCCUGCUCCUGCAUUUUAGCUUUCUCACUUGCACUGCUGGACCUGGAAAAAGUUCCUUCUCUGUAAGAGCAGAAAUGGCACAAUUCUUGUACCUGGAAAGGUCCUUUGUGCUCGCUCCAGGCCAAAGUAAACAGGGUCUUGAGACUGAUGCAGGACAAAGCAAGAGGCACGUGGAUCCUCCUACAGUGCUUCCUCUUCAGCUGUGUUGUCUUACAUGUGCACGUGCCAAAGUCUCACCAAUAUGUUCCAUCCAGCCCCUGUGAAUCCUUCCAGUAAACAGCAAGAGGGUCCAGCUGUCUAAUAACAGGGUCUAAGCUCAUCCUAGCCAAUCUUGUGUGGUUUCUUUCACCUUUGGUAGCUACCAGGCCACAGGCAGCAGGUAUUUCUGCAGUUACAAAGUGUGCGCUUUCUUGACAGAGGAUAACAUAAUGUGUGAUUGUAAGUUUUUCUCGCUGCUAGUGCAGGGGUGCUGCUGGGAAGGAUUUGUUUGUUUCAAACAUCAAAUUACCAGGUGUCAAAAUCAUGUUCUGAUUAGGAUCUUAAUGUAAAUAUUUGGACAAUCACUCUCUUGGGUUUGUAGUUAUUUACAGCACUUAAACUGGGAUUAAAUCAUCUUUUGUUGGAAUGAAAACUGGUUUCUUGCUACCACCAUUUUAAUUUUAUUAAUAUUUUAUAUGUAAGCGGUCUCAGCCUAGCUUACCAGUUUUGUUGGUUUUUUGUUUUGGGGUUU